CCGCAAAUUCUCGCGAGAUGCGCCAAAACGCUGGCCGGAAGUGGGUGGGACCGCCGGCAGGAAGCACCGCCCCCUUCGCCGCGGUCUUCGCUGGUGGGAGGGAGAGGAAGUGGAAUUCUCCGGGCGCUGGGAACGAGAGACCUGGCAAGAUGGCGGAAGUAGAGCAAAAGAAGAAGCGAACCUUCUGCAAGUUUACCUACCGCAGCAUGGACCUCGACCAGCUGCUGGACUUGUCCUGGGAAAAGCUGAUGCAGCUCUAUAGUGCUCGGCAGAGGCCGCAGCUGAACUGUGGACUUCGGCAGAAGCAGCAUUCACUACUGAAGCAUCUGCACAAGGCCAAAAAGGAAGCACCACCCACGGAGAAACCCGAGGUGGUGAAGACACACCCUCGAGACCUGAUCACCCUGCCCGAGAUAGUGGGCAGCAUGGUGGGUGUCUACAAUGGCAAGACUUUCAACCAGGUGGAGAUCAAGCCUGAGAUGACUGGCCACUGCCUGGGCGACUUCAUCACCUACAAGCCCGUGAAGCACGGCCAGCCUGGCACUGGGUCCACUCACUCUUCACGCUUCAUCCCCCUUAAGUAGCCACCUGGCCCAUAAAGCCACCACUGCUGCCCUCCCCC